AUGACCAGAUGGGCUCGCCGGAACGGCGCUCCCGGCGAGAAGGCGCUGGAUGCGACCCCCUGGGAGGAGAUGGUGAGCGGCCCCGAGGGGCGGGGGGGCCGCUCCGGCCCUCCCUCCCUGAAGAAGGAGCAAGGGAAGAGGAAGAAGAAGAACAGGAAGAAGAAGGACUAUCUGAACGAAGACGUUAACGGGUUCGCGGCGUACCUGAAGCAGAGCUCGCGGGCUGGCGAGGUGGCGGAAGCAGGCAGCGCUGAGUUGGAGAAGGAGGUAGCCAUGGCCUUGAAGAAGGACAGGCGGCGGGAGGAUAGGAGGCUGAAGAGGCAAGAAAUGAAGAAAAAUGCCAUGGUAUGUUUCCACUGUAGAGAACCUGGCCAUGGUGUUGCUGAUUGUCCUGCAGUGCUUGAAAGUCAAGAUAUGGGUACAGGAAUCUGUUACCGGUGCGGAUCCACAGAACACGACAUCAGCAAAUGCAAAGCAAAAGUAGAUCCAGCUGUUGGGGCAUUUCCGUAUGCAAAAUGUUUCAUCUGUGGUGAGAUGGGGCAUCUAUCAAGGUCAUGUCCAGAUAAUCCCAAGGGAUUGUAUGCCGAAGGUGGUGGCUGCAGACUUUGUGGCUCUGUGGAGCACUUCAGAAAAGACUGUCCGGAAAAACAGAACGCAGAUCAGUUUACAGUUGGGCGAUGGGCCAUUGGAAUGAGCGCAGAUUAUGAAGAAAUUACAGAAACGCCAAAGCUGCAAAAAGCGAAAGUGAAAGUACCCAAAGUUGUUACUUUUUGAAGGCCUCUUGGCUCUGAACCACAGUUAGCCUGCACGGCUUCACUCCAGAGCAGUGACUGCACAGCGUGGAUUGCUGGUUCCAGAAAAUCAAGCAGACCGCUGCUGCUAAAUUUUCUUUUUUGCAUCCCCCCAUUUUUCCAGUUUGCCUCCCAGACUCACCUAGCUUACUGAAAAGCUGUGAACAACAGAAAUGCAGCAAGUGGGUAUUUUAUUUUUAUGUUAUCUCCUGAAACAGAGCCUUACUCUGAUUCACAUUCCCUCUCACUGCCAGCUCUCUGAAGAGGGGAAUUGCUGCUUCUCGUAACAGGGAUCUGGUUGCAGUAACCAAAUGCACAGGGCAUGUGCAUUUCAUCAUGGGGGUUUAUGACCACUGGAUUUCGGUGGUCAGUAUUGUUACUCUGCUAUUGUUGCUCUGAUACUGUGCUGCUCACAUAUCAGACGCACACAAUCAUGCUGAUCUACUGAGAGUAUUUCUGUAUCACUCUGAAAGGGAUUGUGGGUAUUUUCUAAAGACUUGUUGGGUUCUGGUUUGGUUUUGCCUUCUCCUUUUAGAAAGAAUGAUUUCUUGCUCUGUAUGUGCAAGCUUGAACAGUCUUGCAGUGAAGUUACUGGGUAAACCCUACAGCCUGUAGAGCUUGUGGGUGCAAUUCCUGCUACUCAGCUAAGUAAGUUCAUGCGUUAACCUGAUAGUUUAUGCGUGUUGGAUUGUUUGAGUAUUUGUUCACUAAUACAAACAGAAUCAUGCCCUUCCUCUGAUACCUGUGGUGAAAUGCACCUGAGAAGAGUUGGAGAGCAAGUGAGCAGCUUUCUUAGUUUCUUUAUUUUUUUCAAGGGAAGUGCUCAGAAAUCUUCAGUGUUUCUAUCCCGUGGUGAGUUGGGAGUAAACUUUGCUUUGUGUUACACAUGCCUGCUCAAUGGCAGAUUUAUUUAUUUUUAAAUGGGGACUGCAGGCAGAAAAACUGCAGCCUUAGAAAAACUGUUAUAUAUUAAAGUUACAAAGCCAACUCAAAAUGGAGUUCUGCAACAGCUCUCCAAAUACUGUAGUAAUUCAGCCUGCACAGCCAGCAGUGGUCGGCUUUCACUUGUGUCUGAUGAUCUCGCCUGAGAUAAACGAGGAAGUGCGAUGUUGCUGGAGAAGUGCACCUUGAGCUCAUCUCACAUGCAGAGCUUCAUUCUGAACUGGCAUCUUGAUGCAGCUCUGGGCAGUGCGUGCAGGUGCUGUGCACGGUCGCUGCAUAGGCAGGCAUCUGCGACAUCGGGCUUCUCAGUCCUCUACUGCAGCUGUGGCUGCCAUCAGACAAGUACAGCGUGUCUGUGUCCCAAAAAUCUUAAAUGUGCCUUCUAAAAACUUCAGCUUGCGUUAUACAUUAACAAGGAACAAUCCUUGAGGGGAAGGUACACAGUGGUAAAGCUAUUGCUUAUAAAGAAUUAAUUCAUCCUUUGAAUAAAAUUGUCCUAAUGGUCCAUACAUCGCCCUGGUGAGAACACAGAAGGAACACCGGAUAGCAACCGUGAACUCAGGACUGGGGUUUGAGGUGCCAAAGACCAGCUGCUGAAACUAUGAGUGUGGAACGUACUUUUCUUACAGCAGAAAACAAAUACAGGAAUUUAAUUGCAUUGAUA